GCCUUCCCCCUCCCGUAGAGGAGGCACUAGGCGGCCAUAUUGCGGAGCUGUCUGCGGUGGCGGCGGCGCCUCUCCUCUCCGCACCACUCCUACCGCUGUCUCUCCCUCCCAGUCGCAGCGCCAGGCGCGGCACCAGCGCUGAGCGCUCCAGCCACACUGCGGGAGGGGGACCCGCUCGUUGUUGGGAAGGUGACAACAGAACUUACAAGAGUGAAGAAUUUUUAAAGAAGGUGACAAAAAGAAAGAAAAUGCCUAAACCAAUCAACGUAAGAGUAACCACAAUGGAUGCUGAGCUGGAAUUUGCCAUCCAGCCCAAUACAACUGGCAAACAACUUUUUGACCAGGUGGUGAAAACAGUUGGUUUGCGUGAGGUCUGGUUUUUUGGGCUGCAGUACGUGGACAGCAAAGGUUAUUCUACAUGGCUUAAACUAAAUAAAAAGGUUACACAGCAAGAUGUUAAAAAAGAGAAUCCUUUACAGUUCAAAUUUAGAGCUAAAUUCUUUCCUGAAGAUGUUUCUGAGGAAUUAAUUCAAGAAAUAACCCAGAGACUUUUCUUCUUGCAAGUCAAAGAAGCUAUCUUAAAUGAUGAGAUAUAUUGCCCUCCAGAAACUGCAGUCCUUUUGGCUUCCUAUGCUGUCCAAGCAAAGUACGGAGAUUAUAGCAAAGAGAUUCACAAACCAGGCUACCUGGCUAACGAUAGACUCCUACCACAGCGUGUUUUAGAACAACACAAAUUGACAAAAGAGCAGUGGGAAGAAAGAAUACAGAACUGGCAUGAAGAACAUAGAGGAAUGCUGAGGGAGGAUUCUAUGAUGGAAUACCUGAAGAUUGCACAAGAUCUAGAAAUGUAUGGAGUCAACUAUUUUGAAAUAAAAAAUAAAAAAGGAACUGAAUUGUGGCUAGGUGUUGAUGCUUUGGGUCUGAAUAUUUAUGAGCAUGAUGACAAGUUAACACCUAAAAUUGGUUUUCCCUGGAGCGAAAUCAGAAAUAUUUCAUUUAAUGACAAAAAAUUUGUUAUAAAGCCAAUCGACAAAAAGGCACCUGAUUUUGUUUUUUAUGCACCUCGUCUGAGAAUCAAUAAGCGGAUUUUGGCUUUAUGUAUGGGAAACCAUGAACUGUACAUGCGAAGAAGGAAGCCUGAUACUAUUGAAGUACAACAGAUGAAGGCUCAGGCUAGAGAGGAGAAACAUCAGAAGCAGUUGGAAAGGGCACAGUUGGAGAAUGAAAAGAAGAAAAGAGAAAUAGCAGAAAAGGAAAAGGAAAGAAUAGAACGGGAAAAGGAAGAACUUAUGGAACGUCUAAGGCAAAUUGAAGAACAGACACUGAAAGCCCAGAAAGAACUGGAAGAACAGACUCGAAAAGCCCUAGAACUGGACCAGGAACGAAAACGAGCAAAAGAGGAAGCAGAAAGGCUUGAAAAGGAGCGUCAAGCUGCUGAAGAGGCCAAGUCAGCUAUUGCUAAACAAGCUGCUGACCAGAUGAAGAAUCAGGAACAGCUAGCAGCAGAACUUGCUGAAUUCACUGCCAGGAUUACACUCCUAGAAGUAGCCAAGAGGAAAAAGGAAGAGGAAGCUAAUGAGUGGCAACAAAAAGCUUAUGCAGCCCAGGAAGACUUGGAAAAGACCAAAGAAGAAUUAAAAAAUGUAAUGUCUGCCCCGCCUCCACCUCCACCACCACCAGUCAUUCCUCCAACUGAAAAUGAACAUGAUGAACAUGAUGAAAAUAAUGCUGAGGCUAGUGCUGAAUUAUCGAAUGAUGGCAUCAUGAACCACAGAAGUGAGGAGGAACGUGUAACAGAAACACAGAAAAAUGAGCGUGUCAAAAAGCAACUCCAGGUAUUAAGUUCAGAAUUAGCCCAAGCCAGAGAUGAAACCAAGAAAACACAAAAUGACGUUCUUCACGCUGAGAAUGUUAAAGCAGGACGUGAUAAAUACAAGACUCUGCGACAGAUUCGACAAGGCAAUACAAAGCAGCGUAUUGAUGAGUUUGAAGCAAUGUGAGAGCUGUUAUUUUGCAUACAUGUUCUUCAUAAGCUGAACCACCAACAGAGAAAAGCAGGCCUUUGCAGAUGUGAUGGAAUGCAUCCCACCUUGCCAAAGCACUCAUACCAGUUUGACUGUGGUGGCUAAAAGACAUAUUUAAGGGAGGUCUUCAACAUUAAGGCAGUGUGACAUCAUGCUUGGUUGUCUUUCUCAUUUGAGCCAGGGAAUGGAGAACAGUGUUCAUCACCUCCUUUCAUAUUUUGCAUUUUCCAUAUUUUUUGUUGAAGAUUAACACUAAUUAUCAUGUCUGACAAAUGUCUAUGUGUGAUUUAAGCACUUUGUUACAUUUUAAAGGAUGAUGACGAUUUAAUGAGUGUUCAGGUUGAGAACUCUGUUUUCCCUUGCCCCUUCUUUAUUUUGCCUGCAUGUAUUUCACAGUCUCUGUCAUUAUAUUUUCUCAGUGUGCCCCUCUCAUAUCUUGCAGUGCCCAGAACCACAAUUCUGCCACCAUGCAGAUCAUUGUCAUUGUUAAAAGGCGGAUAGGUCACAGGUGGACAGUCUUUGGUAAUUGUGUAGAAGAUGGCUGUGAAUCAUGAAAAAGAAAGUUUUAACACUGUAGUGUGCAGCUGGUGGUUAAUUUUUUAAUCCCAGUUUUACUACAUUAUUGGAUACGUGAUCCUUGAUUUCUUGAUUGUAGUCAUCUUUGACAGCUGAAUUGAUUAGUAUUUCAUCUUCUGUCAUCCUUUGGUUUUCUUUGCCUGCAGAUUCACAGAGGUGUAGAGAGCAGGUAGUAGUUCCCUAGAAGAGUUUAUUGAUGACAUACUACCUGCAAAUAACAGUUUUCUGAAAGAUUUUAAAAGUUUCUCUUUUUCACAGAUUGGUUUACAGUCAGACAUUUAAUAAAAGAAAAUAGAUGCUUAUUGGUAAUUGAUUAUAAUCACUAAAAACCCUGGACCUUUCUGGAAGAGCAGCAUAUGAAAACAUCAGUCCCACGAGGGGACAGUAAUACUACCUCACUACUACACCUGUGGUGACUGGUUGUGCAACACAGUGGAGUAUUCAAAUUAUAUGUUUUAUGAUGCAUAGUAAGACUUUCAAUCAUGAACAGCUAUGUUUGAGAUUGCCUUUCCUUUCAAAAUAUUUCAGAGUGCUAAAUUUUUAACUGCCUUUUUGUUGAGCUGAAUUGUGGGACUCUGUAUCAAAAUUAUAAACUCUCACUGGUAUACAUCUUCCUGGAGAGGUGUUGUUGAAUGUCUGAGGAUAUUGUGUGUGUGUAUGUGUGUGUGUGUGUGUGAGAGAGAGAGAGAGAGAGAGAGAGAUUGCCCUUGUAGCAAAUGAAGAGUCUGUGCCUUCAUUUCUUGGUGUAAUUGUUACAUAAUCAUUUUAGCACAUUUGGUUCCUAAAUCAUUGUGCUUAUUUUUUUUUCAGUCUCUAACUAAGAGUACUUAAAUUUGGUUUGUUAAUUCUGUUUUAUAAAUUAUAAUUUUAGGUAAUAAAUAUUAAGUUCAAUUAUGUCUUUAGAAGAAAUCUUUCCAUUUUGAAAGAUGUUUUAAUACUCACAUGUUCUAACAUUUUCUUUAUUGUAAAACAUCUGAAUUUGGAGAUAAGGAAAGCCUUGUUUUCUCUGUGUGGUUCAGCUAUUUUUCAUUUGGUAUUAUGCAUUCAGAUUGACAUUUACCUAUUGAAAUUGCCAUUUUGUUAAGACAUUUUUUCAUGCACAGUAGAUUCAAGUUGUGUCUGAAAAUAUCUCUUAUGCUUUUUGAUUUUGCUGACUUUAAAAGGAUUAAUCUGGGCAGACAUUAUGAAAAGGAAAGAUUACAUUUAAUAUAUUUUUUGGAUUUUCUAGGACAAAAUAUAACUGGUUAACUUUGAAGUGACUGUUGUACAGUGGGUGUAUACAUGCUUCAAAACACUAUUGAAGAGAAUGUUCCUACUUUCAGCACAGUAGGGGAAUACUUGGUGGACCCUGCGUUCAUCCUUUAAAGCAUAAGUGUUCCCUCUUCCAAAGCAUUAAAGCAAUUGCCAUAACAGGUGAAAAUGUGGACUGCCUUUGGUUUUGUAUUUUCUUUGUUUUGAAUUGUGUGCACUACCAUUGCUACAUCAGUUUGGUAUCAGUGUUGAAAAAGUACCAGUUAUAUUUGCUGUUUAUACUCUAUUUGUAGAUUAAAAUGGAGUUAAUCCAUUUUUAAAGCUGUGUGAAUUUUCCUAAACAGGAACAACUAUUUGCAAUAUGGAUUUUCAUAGUGAUUAAACCAAUUAUAACUUUUAUUAUUAGCAGUUGAGAGCACAUGUUCAUAUAGCAAUGUAAAGAUAUAUUAAUGAGUGUUUGGUAAAUUCCACCAGGCGUUUACCAUUAGUAUAAUUUUGUGUUGUACAAUUAAGUUACAGUUACAGCUAUAAUUUUGGAUAACAUUCAUUGGUUAACAAUAAAGUGACAAAAGCUCA